CUAGUAAGUGAGGAUUCCAACAGUGUUGUUUUUCUUCUAACAUGUUCUUCCAAAAACCUUAUAAAACCACUUUCAAAACCUCUGGUAACCUCCCUCUCUCCCUUCCUUCCAUAGUUUCAGCAACUCAUCAAGCAAGCCAUCCACUUUCUUCAAAGUUGUCGUCUUAGUCCUCCUUUAGCUUUGCAAAUCACCUUAGCUCAUCACUUUGUAUUUCUUGAGAAUCCCUUUCUUUGGUGAUGGACUGUUUGUUUUUGUGCUACUUUGUCAGAAAAUAGAAAGAGGUUGCUUGCUUACUGAAAGUAAAGUUUUUUAGCUUUAAUACAGACGGAAACAGACAAGUUCUAUUAAAAGAGUUUUUGCUUUUAGAGAGAGAGAGAGGGAGAUAAAUAUGGCUUUUUGGGCUAGCUGUGUUGUUGACAAAAACUCCAAUUAAAGUCAUUCUUGUAGGCUUCUACUUAGCUUUUGCUGAAUUAAGAGUGAUUUUGGAGGUGGGUUUUCAAGGGUUUCCUCUAUAAGGUUUAAAGAUUUCAUUUUGAGCUCCUCUGGCAAUGCUGUCUCUGGUUUCUUGGGAGAAUAAAGAAUAGAAGUGCUAAAGAUGAUGGAAAACAAAAGAAGCCCUUGCUCAGUUGACCAUGCCAGUCUCACUUCUCUUGCUACCAAAAGGCACAAAGCUGAUUUUUCCAUCUCCACAAAGGAACGAAAAGAGAAGCUCGGGGAACGAAUUGUAGCUCUGCAGCAGCUUGUUUCACCAUAUGGGAAGACUGAUACUGCAUCGGUCCUUAUGGAGGCAAUGGAGUACAUACGGUUCCUUCAUGAACAAGUUCAGGUGUUGAGUGCUCCAUACCUCCAAGGCACAUCAACAGCUCAAAUGCAGGAGUUAGGUCAAUACAGUCUAAGAAACAAAGGUUUGUGUCUCGUUCCGACCUCGUGCACUGCUGGCAUUGCUCGCAGCAAUGGAGCAGAUAUCUGGGCCCCCAUCAAGAGCCCUUCUCCCAAAUUCAAUAAGGACGUUUCACCAUUUCAUUGACACAAUUUACCUCAGCAACUUGUUAAGGUUGUUUUAAGUUUCUAGAUAAGGUGGCGUUAAGGGUAAUCACCUUUCUGGAGGCGCAACAAAGUUUUGUCAGGCAGAUGCAACUUUGUAACAGAAUUUAACGUGGGAAAAAUGGAUUUUCGCUUGUUAUAUUAGUCAAGCUCUCAAUGAUGUAAAAUGUCUGAUGUAAAAUGUCUAAGUCACCAUUCUAGUAUUAUCUAUGUUAAAAAAAAAUAUUCUAGUUUUAAGGUGAUGAUGACAGGGCACAUUAUAUGAUAUGAUCAAUGUAUCUCCUGAUUAGCAAAAUGUAGACUUACAAAAGAUGUAUAAUGAACCCUGACAGAGGAUUAAUCAAUAUAUGGGGGGCUUUAAUGGCGUCGAUUUCCCCUGCCUUUUACAAGAAA